CGAUUUGUAAUCAGGCUGAAAAUAUCCAAGUGAAAUAGAUUGGGCCACCCCUAUUCACACUGCACUUCUGCGCUACGAUUCAUCUUUUUUGUACUCCGAAAUUUCCACACCUUUUCCUCCCAAUCUCUCUCUACAACUUUCUCUCUCUAAAGCUCCCAUCCCAUGGACUCUCUCACUCUAAUCUGCACGGCCGCCCUCUUAUGCGGCGGACUCCUCUACUGGUUCGUCUGCGUUCUCGGCCCCGCCGAACAGAAAGGCAAACGCGCCGUGGAUCUCUCCGGCGGAUCAAUCUCCGCCGAAAACGUCCAAGCAAACUACGACAAGUACUCGUCCUUUUUUCGCCGCCCCAAAGAGAUCGAAAAGUCCGAGAAGGUUCCAGAUUUCGUCGACACUUUCUACAACCUUGUCACCGAUAUCUACGAAUGGGGCUGGGGCCAGUCCUUCCACUUCUCCCCCGCCGUCGCCGGAAAAUCUCACCGCGACGCCACGCGCCUCCACGAACAGAUGGCCGUCGAUCUCAUCAAGGUGAAGCCCGGCGAUCGAAUCGUGGACGUCGGUUGCGGAGUCGGUGGGCCCAUGCGAGCGAUUGCGUCCCACUCACGAGCCAAGGUCGUGGGAAUCACGAUCAACGAGUAUCAAGUCAACCGAGCGAGACUCCACAAUAAGAAAGCUGGACUCGACGAUCUAUGCGACGUCGUUUGUGGUAACUUCCUUGAAAUGCCGUUUGAUAAUGAUAGCUUUGAUGGCGCCUACUCGAUCGAAGCGACUUGUCACGCGCCGAAGCUCGAAGAGGUGUACGCCGAGGUGUAUAGGGUUUUGAAACCUGGGGCUUUAUACGUGUCGUACGAGUGGGUUACUACUGAAAAAUUCAACGGUGAUGAUCAGGAACACGUGGAGGUCAUUCAGGGGAUCGAGAGGGGUGAUGCUUUGCCUGGGCUAAGAAGCUACGCUGAUAUUGCGGCGACUGCUGAGAAAGUGGGGUUUGAGGUUGUGGAAGAGAAGGAUCUGGCUAAGCCGCCGGCACUGCCGUGGUGGACGCGGCUGAAGAUGGGGAGGAUCGCCUACUGGCGGAACCACAUUGUGAUCAUUGUACUCUCGACUUUGGGAAUCGCGCCCAAAGGAACGGUUGAUGUUCACGAGAUGCUUUUCAAGACCGCUGAUUUUCUCACGAGAGGUGGAGAGAGUGGGAUAUUUAGUCCGAUGCACAUGAUCCUCUGCAGGAAACCGCACGCUGCUUCGCAUGAGACCUCAUCCUAGUAACAUCGUCGUUUCGUAAUUUAGGAGGUAUCCUGGUGUCUGUUUUGUUUUUUAUUUACUGUUUUUUUUUUUUUUUUUUUUUUUGUAUUUGAAUUUAUUUUUGAAUUUUGGUGGGUAUGUGUUAAAAAAAUUAAAAAUAAAAAAAAUAGAAAAUCAAAAGGAUAGCUCCUAAAAUACUUUUUGUAUAAUAAUAAUGAAUUUUCUCGCUUUCUGUUUUGGGAUGUUUAGCUAAAA